AUGGAAGAAGAGGAUAGGAAGAGACGGGAACGAGAAGGGGACAAGAGGAAGAGAUGUGAAGAAAUGGAGGAAGAGGAGAGGAGACGGGAAGAGGAGAGGAAGAGACUGGAGGAGGAUGCAGAGAGACAGCUGGAGGAGGAGAGGGGCAGACUGAUGGAGGAAAUGCAGAGGAGACUGCAGCUGCUCAGAGAUGCUCUGAUGAAGGAUGAGGAGGAAGAGGAGCGCCGGAUGAAGGAGGAGAGCGCCGAGCAGCUCAGGGUUCUGAAGGAGCAGAUACUCAAAGAUAGACGAGACGAGGAGGAGCGGAUGAACAAGGAAAUGCACACACAACUACAACGGAUCAGGCUUGAGAAUGAGGUGAAGCUGGCAGGAGCUGCGUUCAGAGCUGGAGGCGGAGCAGGAGAGGGUAGAGACUCAGAGGAGGAGGGACCUGGAGUGCCUGAGGGAGGAGUCAGAGGAGGAGCUCCGGGCAGAGAGGAGGCGGCUACAAGAGAAGAAGAGGAGCAGCUGACCUCCAUCAGACUACAGGCUAAAUUGAGUGACACACACAAGGAUUUGAGGAGGACACGACCAGAACAGCCUUUAGUAGAGUACCAGAGAGAGCUCACAGAUGUGCUGCAGGAAGUCCGGGAGGAAGUCGAAAGAGAUCACAGGAGGAAACUAGAACAGCUGAAGGAGGAACAUCAACAGGAGCUACAGAACCUGAGAGAGACACACCUGGAGCAGGAGAGCAGGGAGCGGGAUCGUCUGCUGGAUUCUCUUCAGAAGGAGAGAGACGCUGUGAUCUCCACACACACAACACAACUACACAAACUACAGCACACACUGGACACACAGCUGCAGGAGACGCGCAGGACACACUCGCAGAAGGAGUCAGAGCUACAGGAGUGGAAGGAGAAGCUGGAGAAACAAACCAAAGAGCUUCACACUCAGGAGACUGAACUUCAGUCAAAGGCAUCAGAUCUGAGGAAGAGGAGACAGCAGCUGUGUGAGGAAGAGGAGGACCUUCAGAGAGGACUACAGUCUCUCCCUCUGCUGCUGAAGGAGCGUGACGAGCUGUGUGAGGAUCUGCGGAGAGAGAGACAGGAGCGAGAGCGACAGAGAGAGGAGAGCUGCAGGAUGAUGGAGGAGAGACAGCAGCUGGAGGAUAGAGUCACACUGCUGCAGGAGCGAUGUGAGCAGCUCACCUCCAGAGUCAGGUGACCCUCAUCAUCACCCAACACACACACACACACACACACACACACACACACACUGCUGCAGGAGCGA